UGUGAUGCCAUUUUUCUUGUGCUCUCUUUCCAGCACUGGAUUGCCAAUAACCUAUUUGGUUUGGCAUUUGCUCUUAAUGGGGUGGAGCUUCUGCAUCUUAACAAUGUCAGUACCGGUUGCAUCCUGUUGGGGGGGCUCUUCGUCUACGACGUGUUCUGGGUGUUUGGGACCAAUGUCAUGGUGACUGUGGCAAAGUCUUUUGAGGCACCAAUAAAAUUGGUUUUCCCUCAGGACCUGUUAGAGAGAGGACUUGAAGCCAGCAAUUUUGCCAUGUUAGGGCUUGGUGAUAUUGUCAUACCAGGUAUCUUCAUUGCAUUGUUACUCCGUUUUGAUAUCAGCUUGAAGAAGAAUUCUCGCACGUAUUUCUACACCAGCUUUUUGGCGUACAUCUUUGGGCUGGCUCUGACCAUCUUUGUGAUGCACACCUUCAAACAUGCUCAGCCGGCGCUCCUUUAUCUAGUCCCAGCCUGUAUCGGAUUUCCUCUGCUUGUGGCGCUGGUAAAAGGAGAGAUCACAGAGAUGUUCAGAUACGAGGAGCAGCCGAGGAAUGCAUCUGAAGACCAAAAGGAUGAGACAGACAAAAAAGAGGACUGAUAAUUCCAUGUAUUGGGGGAGGGGUAAAAAUCUAUGGGAGAUGACGAGCACUGUCCCCUUAUUACUGCUCCCCCCCCCCCCCCCCCCCCCCACUCAAACUCUGCAAUAUGUGUGUGUGAACAGCUUAUGCUCCUUCUCCAUCGUCCGUUGUGUGCGUACAUAUGUGCCUGUCAAGUGUCACUGGGCUGGUAUUUUUAUAUUCUGUAUGGUGGAUUGCUUUCUAUGGUAUUAAAUCGUCAAUGAAGAUGA